GGAAGACCGAGGAGACAGUAGGGCUGCCCCAGCUCGCGAGGCUCCAACAGCGCUCCUCGCCGCCCCCGGCCCCCACACCUUAUUUCAGCAUGGUACAGCCCUUUUCUCUUAUCGCGAGACUGGAGGCGUAGUGCUUCUGGUUGCCGAGGGAACAGCGUUCCUGGAGGCAGGAGGGCUUUGGACGCGCAGCUUGGUCCCCCUCCAGAGAAGUUGUGGUGGCGGGAAAGACCCCAACCCUUUGGGGGACAGGGGGUGACGCUGAGUAUCAGCGGUGCGCUUCUGCGCCCGUCAAUGAUCUGCCGACUGGCGACUGCCUCCCGGAGUUUCCGCCGGGAAGGAUAUCAAUGGAUAUUAUAAAGGGGAACUUAGAUGGAAUUUCAAAACCAGCCUCAAAUUCAAGAACACGUCCUGGGAGCAGAGGUUCAAAUACUUCUUUGGAGGUGCUCUCACCGGAACCAGCAUCCUUCAAGGUUGAUGCUGCAAUCAAAUUGAACUCUGGUAAAGAGAACUACUCAGACAGCAGUAAUGCAGAGGAAAGUAGAAACGAUGAUGAUAAAGGGGAAAAGGAUUCUGAGAAACCAAAAUUGGCGGAGGAUGGAUCAGAUGAAGAUCUGAACUUCAUUCACCAUCAGACAAUCCCUGAAUGUUCAGAUGAACCCGAAUUAAAAGAAUUAGAUUCUCAACUUCAAGAUGCCAUUCAGAAGAUGAAGAGGCUUGAUAAGAUAUUGGUGAAGAGACAAUAUAGAGAAAAAGAAAUUAAGAAGCAAGGUCUAGACAUGAGAAUAAAGCUGUGGGAAGAACUUAAGUAUUGA